AUGAAGACCCUCAUUGUGCUGGCCCUGUUGAUAGCUGCCGCGGCGGCACUGCCUCAAUUUGGAGGUUUCGGAGGCCCUGGCUUCGGUGGCCCUGGAUUCGGUGGUGGCUACGGACGCCCCGGUUUCGGUGGCGGUUUCGGCGGACCUGGUUUUGGUGGUGGUUACGGACGUCCCGGCUUCGGUGGCGGUUUCGGCGGCCCUGGAUUCGGUGGCGGCCCUGGAUUUGGCGGCGGUGGUUAUUACCCAGGUGGUGGAUUCGGCGGUGGACCCGGCGGCUUCGGUGGUCGCGGUGGUGGUGGUCGUGGCGGCGGCGGCGGCGGCGGCUCAUCCUCUGCUUCUGCCUCGUCCAGUGCAUCGGCAGCUGGCAAUGGCGCUGCUUCAGCCUCCUCCUCUGCGUCAGCCUCCGCCGCAGGUGGCGGCGGCUUCGGUCGCUAA